CAACACUGGACAGGUGAAGACCUGGUCUGAUGGAUCUGGAUCUGUGCUCAGGCAGCAGAUGGUAGAGCAAGAGUUUGAAUCCAUGGACCAACCUUCCUUGUGUCAACAGUCCAGGCUGGUGGUGGUGGUGUGAUGGUGUGGGGAAUGUUUUCUUCUUAAUACCAAACAAUCAAUCAAUCAAUCAAUCAAUCAAUCAAUCAAUCAUGAUCUGAAUGUCUCAGUCUCUCUGAGUAUUGUUGCUGAUCAUGUUCAUCCCUUCAUGGCCACAGUUCACCAUCUUCUAAUGGCUCCUUCCUGCAGGAUCAUGCUCCAUGUCACAAACUGGUUUCAUCAACAUGACAGUGAGUUCAGUGAACUUCAGUCAAGCAGGAAUGCCGGUCUUGUUGUUCUCCUGCUGUGAACUCCCAAAGAUCGAGCAGGUACAGGUGUGAAACCCGGGCCGGCCUCUGGGGUGUCGCUGAGCAACGGCGGCUAUGGAAACCAGGACACAUAUUAAGGUUAACUAUUCAUCUCCUUGUCUUCUUUUGUGCCUCAGCCUUGUUCCCUUGGCUCAAUUUACUUUUGUGUCCUCAAGUGUUUUGAUUUUUUCAGAAUAAAAGCUGGCCUGUGAACAUAAAGGAACUGUCUCUGGUUCCACGGGUGACUCUGCAAUGAGGUGACUGAUUUGGAAGGUGGCGAGGGAGGGCGCGGUCUUUCCAAGCAUGACUCUCUUGUGAUGGUGAGCUGGUCUGAGAACUGGCUGUUCAGACCAGUUUCCUGUUUGUCCCCUUUACUUCCAUCAACUGUUUUCUAUAGAUGGGAUUUCCUCUUUUUGUCUUUUUCUCUGCAGAGUGAAGUUUGACUGAUACAGAUGCCAAUGCACAGUCAAUGCUUCGAGGCAAUAACAGUGGAUCAUUUAUGUUUACGAUAAACUUCUUCUCUUACAACUUGCAAAAAACUCCCAACAAACAAAUAAAAUGUCCUGAUACAGAAAAUGUACCUUAAUCAAGGUUGAUAAAAUUACGCAAUUACAAAGCACUAAAACAAAAACACCACAAUCUCUCAGAAUUUCUUUGCCUGUGACCCAUGAACCCAACAAUUAAAAUGUUGUCAUUUCAUUUUAGAAUAAUUUUAGUUCUCAGAUUGUUUGUGACAUCUUCAAAUGUCUUGUUUUGUCUGACCAAUGGUCCAAAAUUCAAAGACCUUCAGUUUACUGUGAAAAUCUUCACAUUGGACUUUUACGAUUAAUUAAUUAGCAAAAUUUUCAUAUAUGCCGUAAAUGUAAGAAUUCAACCAGGGGUCUUUGAAGUUAUAUGUUAAGGGGUACUACCAGAUACCCCAACAAUGUAUGGUUUUACUUCUUGGAGCUAUUUCUUGGCGACCAACAGCCAGACGUAGUGACUUCUCUGAAUUAGAAUUGAACUGAUAAACUGUUUCGUCUUGUCUUUACCCACUUUUAAUUUCUCAGUAGAUGAGGUGCUGCCUGAAAAUGGCGACUGAGGAGCAUCGUCAGUCACAGCAGCAACAGUGAGCCGUCUGAUCUGUUUACAGUCUGGGCUUCUUAUUGCAUAUCGACACCAGAAGUCACAAAGAAAAGACAAGAAGCUGAGAGAAAAAGGAGACGGAGAGAUGGAGGCGAAGACAGGAAAGUCCUCAAAUACUUCAGCAGUAGACCUGUCUGGAUUCAAGACUUUACUGAAGUAAAAGUGAAGGAAGCAUCAGAAACUGAAGUGACAAAGUGUAAACUUUAUGUUUGACAGGAUCAGGUGGAUGAGUAUCAUGUUACACUGGUUUGUCAGAGUUUAGGUCUUGUAAGAGUCCAGUUUUAAAUUUCAGCCAACAAGUGUUGUCCUGUGUGCGCUUGUUUUUUCUCAUGUUUGUAAUUUGUUUUGUAUCCAGAUAAUCCCAUGAGGUGCUGUUACAGAGUGGAUUGUCCUCUGCUGUUAAAUGUGCUAGAAAAUAAAAGUAGGCUGCUUAUUGUGAAGGAUUAGAUUACAGUAUUGUUGAGCAGCUUCUUGUACCAACUGACCUGCUUGUUUACAGAAUGCACACAAAGAACUCCCUCCCUCACCGAAUCAUUUUUGGAAACACUUUUGUUUCCUGUUCUUUCAACUUGUUUCCAACACAAAUCUAUUCCCAAACAAUGUCAUGGAAGUUGGUGUCAACAAAAAGACAGAAAGAGGCAGGUUUCUAUGAAAAAUAAAACCCGAAAAUUCUUCCAACAUCCUACUUGCCGAUUGUUGGAUCAGUGCAGUGGUGGAGAUGGAGACGACGGAUGCCUUCAAUAAACUGAUUGUGAAACAGUUUUAGAUUUGUAUCCGAGGACACAUCAUUUUCCCCAUUAAGCACUUAGGUGUAAGUAUAUGUGUAUAUGAAAUCAUUAGUACUGCUUUCUUUCUUUUAUUAUUUUUGUCAUUCUUUUAUAUCUUAAAGAACAAAAUCAAUCAAUUUAGAUUUUUGUUCAAAAAGUUGAUAAAACAUGUUACUUUACUUUCUGCUGUUUUUGUUUUCAUUGUGUAUCUUUUCAUAUGAGGAGUCAUUUAAUUUAUUUUCUAAUUCCUUAUAUUUGGCUCAUUUUGCUUUUUCUUGUUUUAUUGAAAAUAUUUGAAUAACAUCAAUAACAUCAUGGAUGUAAUGACAGUCUCUUGAGGAUAGAAGAAAUAGCAGUUAUUGAACAGAGGGGGUGACUGCUGCAGGGCGGAUUUUUAAAUUUCAUGCCCUAAUAUAUCCAGCUUUAAAUGAGGAAAUAGGUUAUAAGCCCUUCUCAUAAACAACUUUCAAAAUCAUCCUUACUCAUGGGACUAUAUUGUGUUGAGUGAUAUGACUUGCAAUGUCUGGAACAAGGUUUUCUUGUUGCAGAUUUAAGAUUUCAGAGGCUGUGAAUCAACAGCACUGACACAAAAUCCUGGACUCUGAAAAACCAAACUGAUCGAAACAAACGAUGAACCGCAUCAGACAAAGUACUCCACAGAUUUUAGAGGAACCGUGAGUAAAGACGAGCUGUGGAAAGACUGAAGAGGGAAUCUUGUUUUAUGAAAGGAUGCGAGAAAAAGGAGGGUGGAGAAUGAUGGAGAGAUAAAUAGAGAGGCGUCUCUUCUUUCUGCUCUGAAUAUAUUUUUGCUGUUUCAUGGUGAGGAAGGUCACAUCGCAGGCAGAGGGCCCAGUUCUUCCUAAGCAAGACAAUGAAGACGCACCUCCCCUCCCUCCCACUCUUCCCCCCCGGUCCUCAGCCUUUGUCUGCUGGCCCGGCAGGUGAGACGGACCCUGAAUGAAGUUUUGUUUUGGGCGAGGCUUAUAAAUGGAUCAAAGCCUCCUCGAUCCUGCUCAUCUUCCCACAAAUCCCUUUCCAGACGAUGCUGCGCGACUCGGACGGAGCGAUGUUGAGGCUGCUGGGACUCCUCGUCCUGUCCUCCCUCUGCUCAGCCAUGCUGCGACGAAACCCUGCCAAAAUGGAGUCCAGUGAAGAGGGCGGCUCCACCUCGGACCCCAACACCUUCCACUGGUCUGGCUCAGAUGAGGGGGGGCCUUCUGAGUCAUCGGAGGAAACGUCUAACUGGUCACCUGUCUCUCGCAGCGGCCCCCUGCCGAUGCCCCCCGCACAACCAUGGCCACCCAGCGGCAACAUGACCGGUGACCCCCACAAGCUCCGGAUGCUGGACGAAACCAACCAGAUGACGCCGCUCAUGCCUGAUACAUCGAUCUGCGACAUGCUGCUGAACGCAGCGGUACCACCGCCUAUGGACCAGAUUCCAUUUUUCUGCAUCUGUUCGCACUGUAAAGGCACCAUGGGACCCAAAGGAGAUCGUGGAGACCGGGGUCCUCCAGGUAAACCUGGGAGUCCUGGGAGAAGAGGAAUGAUGGGGUUCAAAGGUCGAGCAGGAUUCACAGGCCCUCAGGGGAUGAAGGGUCAGAAGGGAGACCUGGGGGAGAAAGGGCAGACCGGCCCCGUCGGUUUCACCGGGACAAAGGGCGAGCGAGGCUUGAAAGGGGAGAAAGGGGACCGAGGAUUGAUAGGGCCCCAGGGUACACAGGGCCCCCAGGGAGAAACCGGGACAUGCCCUGCCUCCUGUGAGAGUGUCCAGGGUCCACCAGGUGUACAAGGCCUCCCUGGAACAGCUGGAGCCCGUGGCUUACCUGGGGUCAAGGGAGAUGUGGGACCCAAAGGUCUUAUGGGUGAUAAAGGUGACAUGGGUACAUCUGGUGUCCCCGGGAUAAAUGGCAAGAAGGGUGAUCAAGGUGAGCAGGGGGUAUGUGAGUGCAAAGAUGGGAUGGGCGGCGCUGAGGGGAGACCAGGAGAAAAGGGGGCUAAAGGGGACAAAGGUGACAUUGGUGGCCAAGGUUUACAGGGUCGCACUGGGCCAAAAGGUAACCAGGGCAUCAUUGGUCUCAUUGGACCACCUGGUCCCUGCUCCCCGGCCAUCCAAUCAGCAUUCACCGCACUCAUCAACCAGUCGUUUCCUACUAGCAACUGGCCCAUAGCUUUCCCAAUUGUAAUUACCAACCAGCAAGGGCACUUCAACCCACUCACUGGCAUCUACACAGCUCCUGUCAACGGCACCUAUGUCUUCUCCUACAACCUUGCGGUCGCCUUCAGGAUGCUUAAAGUUGGCCUGUUCCGUAACCUCUACCCUGUAGUCAGAACAACAGAAGGAAACGACCAAGCCACCACCAGCCAGACUAUCGUCCUCCACCUCACUAUGGGAGACCAGGUGUGGCUGCAGGUGAAGAAUUCUGAGACUAACGGCCUUCACACCGACAUUGAGAGCAGCAGCACGUUCUCUGGGUAUCUGCUGCACCCUGACUCUUGUGAAAUUCCCUUGGGCCGACAUCACCUGCAAAUGAAGAUGUAUCAGGAGGGAGACUUUGGCUGGGAUGGUCCACGAGGCAACACUACUCCUCUACCAUAGUAGGCUUCCAGUCAGUUGCAAAGAUAUAGAUGAAGCAUCCACCUGCAUCCAAUCAAACACUGUGUGUAUUUAUGACUGCAACUUUUAAAGGAGGGGUAUUCGAGAAAAGCAGAAUCGUCCAUUUUUCAGAUGGAGGAAAAAAAAAAAAAAAAAAAAGCCAUGCUUGUGACCUGUGACUCAGUGCAAGUCUGUUGAUGGGCUCUCCACUUUGGUCCAGACUGAAAUAUCAACAAAUAUCGGAUCAACAUUUGCGGUUUUGGGUGAAAUAACUAUUGGAUGGAUUGCCAUGGAAUUUAGUUCUGACAUUGACAUUAAAUUUUGUCUAAACUAAAGCUAAACUAAGACUGUGAACAUGGUAAAUACACCUGCUUAAUUUUCACCUUAAAAUACAAACACUAAUUUCUUAAAACACUCUUGAAACUAUAUCGCUUUUAUUUGAAACAUAUUUUUAUUUCGUUUUAUGUUUUGUGUUUUAUGUGUGUUAAACUCAAAUCAGCAGUACUGACGUUCUGGAAACCAAACAACUUGGAGAAACUACAAGUCAGAAGAAACUAACAAAAAAUAUAUAUGAUACAGAAAUUGAGGAGGAAAAUACCCCCCCUUUAAGUGCGGAGAUAAAUUCACUCAUGAUUCAACACUACCUGAAAUAUAAAAAUGACUUAUACGUGCCAGCUUGACAUCUGCAUUUGAUCAUGCACUUACUAUAAUAAAUGUUUAGAUUGCAGAGCUGGCCGCAGACUUUUUCAGUUGGCUUUAGAGGUUCAGAUCUGCUCUAAUGGUAAAUGUUUUAAAAGCACUUUGCAUCCACAGAGUAAAUUUAUUUUUAUCCUAUUUUUAACUCAGUUUGCUGCAGCUUAGUCUUAGAGCCUUUAUCACUUUGCCUUCUCAAAUGUUGAUGCAUAAAAAAAAAAAAGACUAUUAAAUUGCAACCAAAGCGGCUGCUUCUAUCAUGAGUCCACUGACAUUUUAUUUUACCCAUUUUAUUUCAGACAAAAGCGACAGUGUCUGAAGUAGAGUUUGACAAACAUGCACUUCCUGCUGUUUCCAGUGUGGAUGGAUGGAUGGAUGGCAGAUCAGGCAAUAUAUGAAUAUUUCGUUUUCUCAGAGUCAGGGUUGGUGAAGUUUUGAUUAAUACAUAUAUAAAUUAGCACUGCUAGAAACAGCUUUACAGUCCCAAGAGGCCAAGGAAAUACUAUCAAAAAUAAUUAUUUGUAAGACUUAAAAGUUUUUACACUACUUGACUGUGGGAACUACUUCUGAGUGGAACCUGCAGGCACUGAUGGCCUGUUUAAAGCUCAUAUAUAGCAGAUCAGUUAUCUCUACAAUCUCUGAGUAAUGGUGGCAAGUGCAAUGUUUUGUAAAUGUCGAAGGUGGAACGAAAUGGAAAACCUGGUCGCCAUUCUCAUGCCUGACUUGUGAUGCUCUCAUAUGUGAAUCAGCGCCCUGCAUUAGAGUAAAAUUGGUUUGUUGAGACAAAGGUUUGAUUAGUUGAAGAGGUUUAAACGGAGAAGGAGCAGGUGAGCAGGUGAUGGAGGACGCUGUAAAGGAACCAAUAUGUGGAGCAACAAAGACGCGUACAGGUAGGGCUGUUUAAAGAACGAUGGGAAGUAUCACAACCAAAAACAAAAACAGAAAUGUGCCAGUGAACGGAAAGAAUUUCACCAAUUAAAAAACUGAUUUAAUGAAUUUUACAUAACAGUGCAGAUACUGAGAGAGACUGCACAGGGAACAAGUGGAUUUAUUUUAUUUAUAUUGCCUUAAAUCUGAAGAAUAUUUAGUUUUGAAGGCAGAAUCCAAGGUCACAUGAUUUGUUUUUUGAUUGAUUUGCUGUUAUGAAGUUUAAGGUGCAUUUUGGCAUCAUAUGACUAUCUGACCAACAAAAUCAAUAAAAAUGGAUGAAUUUAUACAACAAUCAAUGACAUAAAACUCCUUGAGGUAAAUUAAAAACAUGUUAAAAAGGAUGCUGUGAUCCUGAAUGCUACAGGACACCUUCAGGUGAUUCUUGACAUGUGAUUGGACGAUACAGAUGGGUAUGGAAGAGUCUGAUGAAAGGUGGCAUAACGGAUAAAACACUGUCAGUCCUCAGUGAAGUGUUUUCAGAUAACAAGCAGUUGUGUGUCACAUAUUCAUGCCUCAGUUUGCUGUGAUCUGUGCAUCGUGGUUUUUGUCUGAAAUUAAAAAUCAACUUUCUCCUGAGGCUUCUGUUUGACAGUUUAUCCAGAGGUUUUGAUUUUUUUGUACAAUUCAUACCAUAUGUGAACAUAUCCGUGUGUUCUGGGCUCCUGACUCACAUUACGGUCCCAAAAAUCCUCAAAUUGAGAGAAAUAAAGAACGUAAUGGAAGUUUAUGUUUGGUAAAAUUCUAUAUUUCCUCCCAUUAUCCAAUCUCACGUGCAGAGCCAAACCAACAAUAAAUGUCACUUACUAACAAGUACUGUGUGUUUCAAACUCUAACAUAUCUUAUUCCCUUCAGUCAUAGUCAUACUGUUACACUGGGCGACAUGUUCCUUCAUCACCAUGAACACUCACUGUGGUUUAUUCUGCCCUCAGUCCCACAAACACCGUCCUGCUGCCCAAAAUACUCACUACAGCACCAAAUGUGGAUUCAUCCGCUGCUGAACGUAGU